ACAAAGACUGUGUCACUACUUUGUGGAAUGUUUUUUAGAACUUCCAGAAAGCCUCAGUAAAUCCUGCCUGCCAUGUGACUGUGUACUGUGCUGCUGAGCUCUUAACAUGAAGCAGCAGCAGUGACCCUGGCGAGCCAGGCUGACGUGUGUGAGAACAGUGGGAGUGACCCUGGCUGGGAAGCAGGGAGGCCUGGAUAUUGUUUCUCCUGGCUCUGUGUCCUGCUGCUCUCGUCCCUGUGCUCAGAGCUCUCAAGCACCCACAAUGGCCCUCUCAGGCCGAGUGCGUCCCUGCGUUAUCCCAGAGAACGAAGAAAUCCCCCAAGCAGCCCUUAACAGUGUCCACGAGGCCAAUGAGACCGAGGACGAGAGAGCUGUUUCCAAACUGCAGCGCAGGCACAGUGACGUGAAAGUCUACAAGGAGUUCUGUGACUUUUAUGCAAAAUUCAACAUGGCCAAUGCCCUGGCCAGCGCCACUUGUGAGCGCUGCAAGGGCGGUUUUGCACCCGCUGAGAAGAUCGUGAACAGUAACGGGGAGCUGUACCAUGAGCAGUGUUUCGUGUGCGCUCAGUGCUUCCAGCAAUUCCCAGAAGGACUCUUCUAUGAAUUUGAAGGAAGAAAGUACUGUGAACAUGACUUUCAGAUGCUCUUUGCCCCUUGCUGUCAUCAGUGUGGUGAAUUCAUCAUUGGCCGAGUUAUCAAAGCCAUGAAUAACAGCUGGCAUCCGGAGUGCUUCCGCUGUGACCUCUGCCAGGAAGUUCUGGCAGAUAUCGGGUUUGUCAAGAAUGCUGGGAGACACCUGUGUCGCCCCUGUCAUAAUCGUGAGAAAGCCAGAGGCCUUGGGAAAUACAUCUGCCAGAAAUGCCAUGCCAUCAUCGAUGAGCAGCCUCUGAUAUUCAAGAAUGACCCCUACCAUCCAGAUCAUUUCAACUGCGCCAACUGCGGGAAGGAGCUGACUGCCGAUGCACGGGAACUCAAAGGGGAGCUGUACUGCCUUCCAUGCCAUGAUAAAAUGGGGGUCCCCAUCUGCGGUGCUUGCCGACGGCCCAUUGAAGGGCGCGUGGUGAACGCCAUGGGCAAGCAGUGGCAUGUGGAGCAUUUUGUUUGCGCCAAGUGUGAGAAACCCUUCCUUGGACAUCGCCAUUAUGAGAGGAAAGGCCUGGCAUAUUGUGAAACCCACUAUAACCAGCUAUUUGGUGAUGUUUGCUUUCACUGCAAUCGUGUUAUAGAAGGUGAUGUGGUCUCUGCGCUUAAUAAGGCCUGGUGCGUGAACUGCUUUGCCUGUUCUACCUGCAACACUAAAUUAACACUCAAGAAUAAGUUUGUGGAGUUUGACAUGAAGCCAGUCUGUAAGAAGUGCUAUGAGAAAUUUCCAUUGGAGCUGAAGAAAAGACUUAAGAAACUAGCUGAGACCUUAGGAAGGAAAUAAGUUCCUUUAUUUUACUUUUUCUUUUCUUUGCAAGAUAAGAGAUUACCAACAUUGCUUGUCUUGAUCUACCCAUAUUUAAAGCUAUAUCUCAAAGCAGUUGAGAGAGAAGAGGACCUAUAUGAAUUGUUUUAUGUCAUUUUUUUCAUUAAGAAAGAAAAAAAAAUUUCUAAUCAUGUUUAAAAUACAGAUGAAGUCAGUAUUUGCCUUUGUCAACCCUUAUCCAUUUGUUGACAUAUAGACUGUUUACAAAAAAACACAUGGUUAAAUGUUAGAUAAGGCCCCCCAAAAUUAAAUAUAACUUUUUUAAAUGACAGGAGUCAACUUUUACAUGACUCAGUUGAAAAAAAAAACAGUAUAAACCUUAAUUUACUUUGUAUUCAAAAGAAAAUUCCAACUGCUGUUGGGGAAGGAUACAGAGAAGAAAAAUAACCACCCAAGAAAAA